AUGGCCUAUGCCAGUCGUAGCCUACACCCAACCGAACAGAAUGAUGCCAAUUACAGCUCAUUUAAACUGGAACUUUUGGCCCUCAAGUGGGCUGUGGCUGAAAAGUUUAAAGAUUACCUGACUGGGACAAAAUUUACUGUGUACACCGACAACAACCCUCUUGCCCACCUACAGACAGCUCGUCUAGGUGCAGUGGAGCAACGCUGGGUUGCACAACUUUCUUCCUUUGACUUUGACAUCAAAUAUCGCUCUGGUAAGAGCAAUGUGAAUGCUGAUGUACUGUCCAGAUAUCCGGUUAACCCUCUACCCACAGGUGUAGCCAACACAACAGCCGGACCAGACACCACUCCAGUGAUGGCAGCCAUCGAACUCACCCCUGAAGGAGACAGUGAGGAGUGGGCUGGCAGUGAGUGGGAAGUGGCACAGUCCAGUGACCCAGACAUACAAAUUGUUAAACGGUACGUAGAAACACGUGCGUUACCUGAGAAGCCCGAACGUCAGGCCCUGCCUCUUAGGAGCCAGAGACUGUUGCAGCAGUGGAAGAGGCUUCAUGUCCAAAACAACAUUCUGUGUCGAAAAGUGUUUGAUUCACAGACUCAUGAAGUGAGGCACCAGAUUGUGUGUCCGAGUGCCAGGAGCAAAGAGGUGUGGGGGAGUGUACAUGAAGCCACCGCCCAUGCUGGGGUGGAGAGGACUCUUUCACGCAUUCGACAGCGCUUCUACUGGCCAAACAUGGAAGGGGAGGUACGUCAACUCCAACAGGGAUGUGUCGCCUGCAGCCUGCGAAGGGAGAGAGUUGAGCCUCGUGCCCCAUUAAAACUAAUUGAGGUAUCAUACCCCCUUGAAGUUGUAGGCUUAGAUUUCCUCUCACUAGGCCGCAACGCAGACACUCACCCAAACAUCCUGGUAGCCACUGAUUUAUUCACUCGCUAUGCUUGGGCCGUCCCUACACGAGACCAAACAGCUGAGACCACAGUUAAAGCCUUAUGGACCCAAAUAAUCCAGCCCUUUGGCUGCCCUGCUCGAUUUCAUUCAGAUCAGGGACCAAAUUUUGAGUCUGGGCUAAUGAAACAGUUGUGUGAUACCUAUGGUAUAGCCAAAAGUCGUACUACCCCAUACCACCCUGCUGGUAAUGGCAGUGCAGAACGCUUUAACCAUACUCUUUUUAACAUGCUCCGCUCCCUUGAAACUGAUAAGCAAAACCAUUGGCCUGAGUAUUUACCCGAACUGGUACAUGCUUAUAACAACACGGCCCACAGCGCCACAGGUUAUGCCCCCUCCUUUCUCAUGUUUGGACGACACUUGCGCCUCCCAGUGGACAUUGGGUUGGGAGUUGGGCCCCAGCAGAGAAAGCAUGACUUAGAUGGGUGGGUUAGACAUCAUCAACAGAGGUUAUCUGUAGCAUACGGUCUUGCUAGACAAAAGAUGGACAAUGCAGCUUCUCAGAAUAAGCAGCGCUAUGACAGUAAAGCCAGAACUUUACCUUUGUUACCUGGGGAGAGAGUGUGGUUGAGGAACAGGAACAGACAAGGUCAAGGGAAAUUGUGUACUUGGUGGAACCCAGAGACCUAUGUUGUUGUUGAACAGGUUGGAGACACUGAACUUGUGUACCGUGUUCAACCAGAGAGGGGAGGCCGUGUACAGACUGUUCAUCGAAAUGCACUCAAGGUGUGUACGGCUCCCCCAGCAGAGACUGCUCCACCAGCUGCCGAGGCGGCUGCAGAGACUCCGGAGAUUCAACUUCCAUUGAUCUAUGGAUUUCCUCCGCGGCCUGCAGCAAUACCUCCUGCAAGAGAAGAACCUGAAAACCCUCCACGGCGUUCCACGAGGGAGAACUUGGGACAACCCCCAGUGCGAUACGGAGACUUGUGA